AUGGCGAUGGCAACGAUGGUAACGUCGCCGCGGGCGUCACUUUACGUAGGGGACCUGCACCAGGAUGUGACGGAUGCACAGCUUUUUGAUGUCUUCUCGGAGUUCAAGAGCCUCGCGUCUGUACGUGUCUGCCGUGAUUCCUCCACCGGCCGCUCUCUCGGUUAUGGCUACGUCAACUUUAUCUCUCCACAAGACGCUGCUCAGGCUAUAGAGGUGAAAAAUCAUUCUACCUUGAAUGCGAAAGCAAUAAGGGUUAUGUGGUCACAUCGUGAUCCAGAUGCAAGAAGAAGUGGAAUUGGGAAUGUGUUUGUCAAGAAUUUGAGUGAUUCGAUUGAUAGUGUGAAGCUUCAAGAAAUGUUCCAAAAGUUUGGUAAUGUAUUGUCUUGUAAAGUUGUCACCUCUGAUUAUGGGAAGAGCAAAGGAUAUGGCUUUGUCCAGUUUGAGUCUGAAAUUUCUGCAAAUGCUGCCAUUGAGAAGCUUAAUGGAUCUACUGUUGGAGGCAAGCAGAUGUACGUCAGCAAGUUUGUAAAAAAGAGUGACCGGUCAGUACCCAGUCCUGAUGCUAAGUACACAAAUCUGUACGUGAAGAAUUUGGGUCCGGGUGUCACUGAGGAAGUCCUUGAGGAGGAGUUCUCUAAAUAUGGGAAGAUUAUCAGCUUGGUCAUCUCAAAAGAUAAGAAUGGGGCAUCAAGAGGAUUUGGAUUUGUCAACUUUGAGAAUCCAGAUGAUGCCAGACAUGCAGUGGAAUCCAUGCAUGGAUCAAAACUUGGCUCACAGGUUAUAUAUGUGGCCCGGGCACAAAAGAAAGCAGAACGUGAACAGAUGUUACGUUACCAGUUAAAGGAGAAAAGGAAGGAGCAAAUCUUGAAAUACCAGACUUCAAAUGUGUAUGUGAAGAAUAUUGGCGACGACGUCACUGAUGAUCAGCUACAGGAACGCUUUAGUCAGUAUGGCACAAUUACUUCUGCAAAGAUUAUGCGAGAUGAUAAAGGAAUGAGCAAGGGGUUUGGAUUUGUGUGCUUCUCCACACCUGAGGAAGCGAACAAAGCUGUGAACACUUUUCAUGGAUUCAUGUCUCAUCAAAAGCCAUUGUAUGUGGGAAUUGCUCAGAGGAAAGAGGAAAGACAAGCCCGGUUACUGCUAAAAUAUGCCCAGUUCAUGGGAGGAGGAGCUGGGCAGCCACCUGUAAUCCCCGGUGGAUAUUCUACACUUCACUACCCAGUUCCUGGCAUCAGUCCGCAAGUUGCAGCUCAACCUAUUCUGAUGUAUCAACCUUUGGGGUUGAGGCCAAUAUGGGGGGCUGAUGUUCCUAAUAAUCCAAGACAACAUAGACAAAACAGGGAAAGGAUGAAUAGUAAUACGCUUCCACAGAACGUGCCAGAUGGGCGUUCACUUGCUAUGAAUGAAGGAUCUUCUGCUGUAACUGGCUAUGAGGGGUCAGAGACGUUAAGCAGGAUGCUUGAUGGAGCUACUCCAGAUCAGCAGAAACAGAUACUUGGGGAUCGUCUUUAUCCCCUCGUCAGUCAACGCAAGCCUGAUCUCGCUGCAAAGAUAACGGGAAUGCUGUUGGAGAUGGACAAUUCAGAAUUACUUCUAUUACUGGAGUCACCAGAUUCACUAGCGGCGAAGGUGGAAGAAGCUGUUGAGGUUCUCAGGCUCUAUAAGGCCAAAUUAUCGAACCAAGAUGCAAACCAUCCAAAUUGCUUUUCUGCUGAAGUCACAGUAAGCUGAGGAAAAUGAUACCUUUAUGUUAGUGACUAAUCUUUCUAUUAGAUUCUUUUUACUACAGAAGUUUUAGAACCCUAU